GCAGUAUUUAAGUACUUGCGUUUGAAGAACGAUCUUGUCAGUUUUUGGUUGUCGAAAUAAAAAUGUCGAUCGUUUCAAGAGGCAUUGCCUCAGUUUCGUCAAUUGUGCAUUCUGCUGAAAUUCGAAGACGGUUAACCAAGCUACCUGAUCUAGUCAUUGAAACAAAAAUGUGCGGUUCGAACGAAGAUGUACAUGAGACAUAUUUUUCGAUCGCCGUCCAGGUGUUUAUUCCAUUCCUUAUCGCUGGAUUUGGAAUGGUUGGAGCAGGACUCGUUUUAGAUAUAGUACAGCACUGGACGGUGUUCGAAAACAUCACGGAAUUGGUAAUAUUGGUGCCUGCAUUGCUCGGCCUGAAAGGUAACUUGGAGAUGACUCUAGCAUCGCGACUUUCCACGCAAGCUAAUCUUGGGAAUAUGGAUACUCCAAAACAACAGUGGAGCAUGAUUGUCGGAAAUUUAACACUCAUACAGUGCCAAGCCAUUGUCGUAGGAUUUUUGGGAUCUGUGGUAGCCGUUGUCAUGGGUGGAAUCAAAAGCAACGCAGUAGAAUUAGAUCACGCUUAUUUACUUUGCGCUAGCAGUCUCGUCACGGCAUCUUUAGCGAGCUUUGUUUUAGGCUUAAUCACUGCAGGAGUUAUAGUAUUCUCCAGACACUGUAAAAUAAAUCCGGACAAUGUUGCCACGCCGAUUGCUGCAAGUCUUGGGGAUAUAACAUCACUGGCAUUAUUAUCAUGGAUCUCAAUGUUAUUAUACGAAUCAAUAGGUAAUCAAGAUUGGCUAGCACCUCUAAUUAUAUCAAGUUAUAUUCUUGUUACGCCUUUGUGGGUUUGGAUUGCGAAGAAGAACGAACACACUCGUGAUGUAUUAUAUAAUGGAUGGACACCAGUAUUAACCGCAAUGCUGAUUAGCUCUGUAGGCGGUCUUAUUCUAGAUUUUAUGGUAUCUCGCUUUGAAGGGAUUGCAGUCUUUCAACCAGUUAUUAAUGGAGUUGGAGGAAAUUUAGUUGCUGUACAGGCUUCUCGUAUUUCCACUGCUCUGCACAAAGAGUCUGAACUAGGAACACUUGUUGGAGGUGAUGAUGCCGUUAUGUUUAUUACGCCUGUUGCUAGUUUUUGUGGAAGUGGGAUGCAUGCUAGAACAACUAGAGUUUUGAUGUCAAUGGUUAUUCCCGGCCACCUGAUUUUCAUAUAUACAAUAAACUACAUGAAGUCUGGACAUUCCUCCCUGACACCCUUGUUUGUUUUUGUUUAUUUAUGCGCAGCCCUGCUUCAAGUUGCAGCUUUAUUAUAUGUUGCCUAUAUUCUAAUACACUGGAUGUGGAAACAUAAAAUUGACCCUGAUAAUUCUGCAAUCCCGUACUUGACAUCACUUGGCGAUUUGCUUGGAAUCUCACUAUUGGCAAUUGGUUUCCAAUUUCUCUAUUUAGUUGGAGAAAGAGAUAGUGAAUUGGUAGCAGAGACAGGAAUGUAAUUCAUGCUACAUAGUUAAUACG